AUGACGGAAACAUGCCAUAAAAUCAUCAUGGGGCUACAUAACUUCCUGAAGGAGUAUAUUCAUGGUUUUUGGGACUAUGAGACCCCCAAGGUGAUGGUGGUUAAGAACAGAACUCUUGGCGUGAUUUACAGGAGUGUUCAGUUUCUUGUGAUCACUUAUUUCAUAUGGUAUGUCUUUAUAAGUCAGAAAGCAUACCAAGAGAGCGAAACCCGUCCAGAGAGCUCUGUUUAUACUCUCAUGAAAGGCUCAGCAAUUCAUGGAGAUGAGAUCCUGGACACUGUGGAGUAUGCCCGACCCUCAGAGGGUGGCGAUGUGAUUAGCACAAUACUGAGACGAGAGUUCACGUUCAAUCAGAGACAAGGCACCUGUGCUGAGCAUUUUAAUGUUGCCGAUGCCAACUGCACCACCGAUUCUGACUGCGUUGAAGGGGAAGUCGACUUCAAUGGCCACGGCAGAAGGACGGGCAGAUGUGUUCAGUACUACAACCACACCUUUAAAACCUGUGAGAUACAAAGCUGGUGUCCGAUUGAGGAAUACGCUGUAGUACGAGAACCACCAUUAGAGGAGGCCAUCAAUUUCACAGUGUUCAUCAGGAACUCUAUCCACUUCCCCAAAUUUAAAGUGCUGAGGGGAAAUAUUAAGGAUGCCCGAAACAAGCGAGACAUUAAGAGAUACCUGAAUAAGUGUCACUAUGAUGAGGAGAGUGACCCCUACUGUCCCAUCUUCCGCUUGGGAUACAUCGCAGCACAAGCGAGGGAAAAUUUUAGUGAGCUCUGCAACACCGGAGGAGUGAUCGGUGUUUUCAUCAACUGGAAGUGUAACUUGGAUCUGGAUCCGUCACACUGUAAACCCACAUACUCAUUCCGUCGCCUUGACCUCCGAAAGGAUCUGCCCGACGCUGGUUAUUAUUACAGGUUUGCCAAAUAUUACAGUAAGGAUGGGGAAGAAACUCGGACACUAAUCAAGGCCUAUGGCAUCCGUCUAGAUAUCAUAGUUCAUGGACAUGCUGGUAAAUUUAGUCCUAUUCCAACCAUCAUCAGCACAGUGACUGCUAUGACUUCUGUUGGGAUUUGUACAAUAAUCUGCGACUGGAUCAUGCUGACAUUUAUCGACAAGAAUGAAGUCUACAGUGAGAGAAAGUUUGAUGAAGUGAUCAAGGAGCCCAAAAAUACCAUACCCACAGAGCUCAGCUACAUCAACAGCUUUGGCUCAAACCAUUCUGACCUGUCAGACGGCGUACCGCUGUGA